UUCCACGAAAAUUGGGGAAGAAAAAACAAAGGAGAAACGCAGUAGUUGAUUUUUGAGAGUCUGACCCACAAGAAGAGCAAAUGGAUUUGGAGUCAGUGAAGAGAUAUUUGGAGAAAGGAGGAGGAGAAGAAGAAGAUGAGAAGAAGCAAGGAUCAACAAUUGAUGGAUUGCCUCUGAGAUACUUUGAACGUUUUAUAAUGCAAGGUCUUCAAGUUGAUCUAAUUGAACCUGGUCGUGUCGUUUGCUCCAUGAAAGUCCCUUCUCGUUUACUGAAUGGUGGUAAUUUCUUGCAUGGUGGGGCCACUGCCACGCUGGUGGACUUGGUUGGCUCGGCUGUAAUAUUCACUACUGGAGCUCCAUUAACAGGAGUUUCAGUUGAGAUUAAUGUUUCAUACUUGGAUGCUGCCUAUCUUGAUGAGGAGAUUGAGAUUGAGGCCAAGACUUUACGUGUCGGGAAGGCUGUUGGUGUCAUCAGUGUUGAGAUUAGGAAGAAAAAAACUGGGAAAAUUAUUGCUCAGGGACGGCAUACUAAAUACCUUGCUAUGACCAGUAAAAUGUGAACUCCCUAUAAAUUUCAGCUUACCUGCAUAUUUGGAACCAUCUUCCACUUGGAAUUCCUACAUUUUCAUAUAUUAUCCGCUAAUAAAUGUUCUUAUAGUAUAAUAUAUGUACUGUAUACAUGUUCUUGUAAGAGACGGUGAGGACAAAACAUUUUAGUUAAGAUUUCUGUCAGAUUGACUGAUGGUAGUUUAUAUCAGUUGUUCUGCCGAAUAUCUAUAAUGUUGAACUACGGUGAACAAAUUGUUCUUUAAAUUGGAGAAAUCCUUAUGCCUGAAUAUGUUUUUGAUUAA